UCCCCAUCCACUGGGCGGUAGCAUACAACCGUCUCCCGAUCGUGGAGCUACUGAUAUCCAGCAAGCACUUUGAUCCCGAUGUCGAGGAUGGCUCCGGCUGGACACCACUCAUGAUCGCAUCGAGUUUGAAGAAUGCUGAAGGCGAUCCCAUCAUCGACCUCCUACUCAAGAAAGGCGCAGACGUAAGCACGAAGAGCGUCUCGGGCCAGAACGCCCUCCACUUCGCAACCUCCAAAGCCAACCUCUCCACCGUCCGCACCCUCAUCGCCAACAAGUGCAGCGCAAGAGUAAAGGAUAGGCGCGGACAACUACCUCUGCACCGAGCAGCGGCAAUCGGGUCGUCGCCCAUCAUCAAGAUUCUUCUGGAGGAUGGGAAAAGCCCUGUGAACGCGACGGAUGUCGAUGGAUUGACGGCUUUACAUCAUGCGGUGUCAGAGGGCCACGGCGAUGCGGCGAUUACGUUGCUCAAGGCCGGUGCCGAGGCGGAUAAGAGGGAUUCGAAUGGCGUUUUGGCCAUUGAUAUGGCUCCGGAUAGCAAGGUACGGAGCUAUAUCCUGCAAACGGCGGAGAGGGAGGGGAUCGAGUUAUAGUUUAUCCAUAUGUUGGAUAGGGAAGGACAGAUGGAUGGAAGAUAUAAGAAGGAUUAAUACCCGGAGUCUAUCUUUGAUACUCUCAGGCUCAUCGAAUAACUGUUUCCAUAUUAUUUUUUGUCUUAGUAAUUAACGGAUUCAUGACAUCUUCUCUUUCAAGGCAUGUCUCACAUCACAUCGUCUAAAUCGGAGUCUAGCCCGAACGAAUAAAUCUAUGUACAGAGCAGCAAUGACAAGUCUACUACGCACAAACACCUCUUAUUUCAUGGUGCUGUCAACCAACU